GUCGAAAACUCAGUGUGUUCGUGGUUGUCGUGUGGUGACAAUAUCGGAGUAGCUUAUUGACUAUCCAUUUGACAGUUUGGUGAGCCCACUUGUAUUCCAUCUGCUCUCGCAGAUUCCUAUAUCGUCUAUGCUCUAUCUUCUCAUUUCUUUCGGAAUCUGGGCAGCCUUGCUGGGUUCAAACAUUGUGCGUACAUUCCAUGUCCCCAUGCUUACUUUUGUUUUGAUCGAGAGAAGUGAAGACACAUCGGCGAAUUGGCUUCGCGAAGGCUCCCACCGACGUGUGUCAUUUCGUCUUCCCGAUUCCAGUGAGGGAUAAGCUUAUUAUUAUCUUUUUCUAUUUUGUUUGUGCUUUGAAGUGUCUUUAGCGAUUGGAUUGGUUUUCCGGUGAAGGGUUGCUAGUCCUAAGCCCAACGCUUGCUCUUUAUCCGGGCUUAGGACUGGCUAGUAAACGUCGCGAGGUUUUUCUGCUAUCAUGCCCACAAGUUAUUGGAGGACUGCCUUCUACUUUGAUAGGUCACUCAUGCAUUCAUUUGGCUGCACUUGUUGAGUUGACAGCUCUCUUAAAGCUUUAAUUUGAUAUUUGGUUCACUGAGCUUUUUUUGACUUGUCAUUCUGGGUUUCUUGCACAAUAUUCUGCGGUUUAACAUUUAUUGCCAUUUAUUUUCAGUCCUGGGUUUGCCAUGGUUAUAAUAUUCUUGGUUUGGUCACUUUCACCGGAAAGUGUUGGAUAGGUAAUCCGAAGGUUGUAUAUACAGUCUUUAUUUGCAGAAAAAUCGAAUUCGCCUACUGCAUUGGAAGGAAACGAUGGUAUUGUUGAGUCAAAUGCCUAUCUUGACCGUCAGGAUUAUCACCCAAGUGUGACUUCAUAUCUUGUUGUCUUUCACUUGGCUAGAUCUUCAAUUACCACCAAUCCAACUUCUGACAACCAUCUACAUCUCGUUCUUCAAACUGAUGAUCGAAUCAUUUUGGUGAACAAAGAUCAAAUGACGACCCAAGUUCACACCGAGAACCUCGUUGUACCGAAGCAAUAUCUUAUUCCAAAUUGGCCAGUUCGAUAUGUUGCGGUUUCAAUGGACGGUAAGAAAAUCGCUGUUUCAGGUCGCAAUGGCUUCGUUCAUUAUAACAGUAUUUCGCAUCGUUGGUAUUCCUUCGGCAAUGUCAAGCAGGAGAAUUCGCUGCAUAUUGUUGGUGGUAUAGCUUGGUGGAAACAAUACAUUUGUUUGAGUUGUAUUUCGGAAGAUCAUGGCAAAAGUGAGGUGCGUGUAUAUCCAUCGGAGCGUAAACUAGAUGACCAAUUCAGUUCUGUUUGUGAACUUGGAUCGCUUGCACAACCUGUAAUUGUUGACAACUUCCAAAAUUGGUUUCUUGUUCUUACCAACGACGGACACUUACGGAGUUUUGGUUUAGCGGAAUGUGUAUCUAAUACUGUACGCAUAUCCCCUUUCAAAGAAGUGGAUUUAUCCGAUAUUGUUAUCUUCCCAACUUGCGUUCUUCGAAUCUGCCUUUCUAGUCUCAAGAGUAAUACUUCUAUUGCGGUCAAUUAUCAGUCAGAUGCUGCUACUACAGAUCCAUUUUCUAAUUCUGAUCCCAAUUAUUGUACAGCUGAAAGUUUGCUGAUAAACUAUUCAGGUGACUUAUUUCUGUUACAGAGAUUAUCUUCGAAGGUUACGCACCAGAACUAUUCUAAAAAGUCAAGUGAAUCCAACAAACAGCAACUUUUCUUCGAUAAGCCUUUGUUGGUUGCUUCGAAGACUGAAAUUGUGUGGUCUGCAAGCUGUUUACAACCUGCGCAAUCCCCACAACUAGAUGGUUUUUAUUUAACAUCGCCGGAUGUACAUCAUAUAAAUUCAUAUACCAAAAAUUCCUUAUGGCUCUAUUCAGGGGCAUCUGGACUAAGUGUUUGGCUUUUACUACCGAGAAUUACCUCUUCACCUUUUGACAUUAACUGUGAAUCUGUUGCACUGUAUAGCAAUAAGAGAUUUUGGGUGGACCAUGAAAGUUCAUCGACAGUUAGCUGUCGUCGUAUUAUGCUGUCAUUCGACUUGAGUGAUAACUUUUAUCCUCUUAGUAUAUUCUUCCAAGAAGAGCUGUUGGUGGGUAUUCAUAACGACUUCCACUUUUGCUGGAAUAAGUCGACACGUGGUGCAGGGAAAAGCUCGUUUGCUGAUAUAUUUACUUUAUUCCAAUACGCAACAUUGACAGUCAAGGUUCAAAUAGCACACCAUCAAAUCAUUCGACAACUGUUAAAAAGAAACUUAGGAAAUCAUGCAUCUCAAAUGAGUUUGGCUUAUCAAAACCUAACCUACUUUCCCAUAUUUUGGAAUUAUUAUUGUAUGAAGUGUUGGAGGCUGAAGCUGCAUCCAAAGUUCUAACUCCCGACCCUUUACUCCCUCAAGUUGUGGCAUUUAUUCAACAGUUUUCCAAUUUCUUCGAGAUACUGGCUCAUUGCUCACGUAAGAUAGAUGCCACAUGGUGGCCCCACUUAUACGCGGUUAUUGGACGGAGACCAAGAGACCUUUUUGAACUGUGUUUGGAAAACAAUCAACUAGAAACUGCCGCUUCGUACUUAAUUAUUCUCCAGACAUCAGAAGCACUUUCUACUAGUUGGGAG